CAGUUCUACCAUCAGCCAACUUGUGUCUACUACUACUCCCCCGCAAAUUCAUUUCCAACUCAUUUCGCUCCUCUGCACCUCGAAAUGAAUAAGAUUUUGGUGAUUUUCGCGGCUCUUUUGGCUGGCGCCUGGGCCUACAACCGCUACGAGCCUUCCUACGUCCAGUUCGAGAGCGAAGAGUCCGACGAUACUGACGACUAUUCGGAGCCGAUGCCUUACGGCUUCGAAUAUGACGUCAACGACGGGCAGAACAACUUUGGCCACCGACAGCAAAGUGACGGCCAAGUGACGAGCGGAUCUUAUCGCGUCCAACUUCCCGACGGACGGACUCAGAUCGUCACUUACCGGGCCGAUCACAACGGCUACAAUGCCAAAGUGACUUAUGAGCAAACGGCUAAUAGUCAUCACUAUUACACUCAUCCGGCUUAUCAUCAGCACCAUAAUAAUCCGUCCAGCUACCAGCACUCGGCUACUGCUGCACCGGAACCACUUUUUUACCGGACUCGGCCCAGCAUCAGCCCAACGACAACUACACCUGCUCCAGUUAAGCCUUUACCUUACAGGCAUUAUCCUCUUUAUGAAUUUCCAGGUAUCGCUCCUUACCACGGGCCCAGUAACGCCUACGGCGCUUACGAUCAACUCGACCACCAUCGCCGCCCAGCAUUGCCACCUGUUCCAUCGCCCAGCAGCAGCACUACUCCGUCUGAUUAUAAUAAUGAAGAAGAUGAUUCAUCCGACGAGAAAUUGCCUCUGGUUCCACUCAUUUUCAGGACCAAUCACGUCGAUUCUUAUGGGCAGUUAAGAUCGGGCUACGGCAAACGAUCGCCCAUCGACAUUUGGAGCGAGACGGACAUUUCGGCAGCUCUAGACGCUAUUACUCCCGCUCCUGUUGAAGAAGAACAAGUUAUUCCAACUACUGAAACUGUUCCAACAGUCGAAGAAGUUAUUUCAUCGGUGACUGAAAUUGUUGUUCCAGACGACCAAGUUGAAUCUCAGACCGAUCAUCCUGAUGCUGCUGCAGCGGCCGGGAAUUCCACCGACGACGAAGAAAUCGAUUACGAUAUACUUCCGUUCCCGCUGCCGUUGCCGCUGGCCUUCAGGCCCGACGACGCCGUUUGAAUAAAUGAGCGCGAAUUAAUUCUUGCGCAACACCAUUUUAGAUUUCAUUCGAAUGAUAUAGUAUAUCGUCGCUAGAUGUUUGUAGAGUUUUAGCUAGCCAAAUUGUUGAGCAAACACAGAAAUCUAUUGUCUCAUUUGUUGUCUCCAAAUAAAACAAAAUGUACAAAAACAAAAAAAAAAAGAGAAAUUUUUCAAACGUGUUUUUUUAAAUGAAAUUAAAGCUGAAACAAAGUGUCGAAUUGGAGAGAAAUUGAUUUAACAUUAUAUUCAGCGUUGGACCUUGUUGUUCGUAUAAUAAAGUUGUCGGUCGUGAUUUCUCCGCGUGGAAAAAACAAAGAAGAAAUGCAAAUUCCUUUCUCCUUUUUGUGUGUCUAAUAUUCUAUGGAGA